UUAAUGGAUCAUGUAGUAAGCCAGGCGUUCGCUUAUUAUUAAGAUGCAGAGAAGAUGGUACGAUGAUAUUUUGGUGACGUAGGAUGUGUUUUGGGAGGGAUCGUGUAAGCCGAGGGGAUAUUUAGGCCGGCAGAUAGCGACGACGUCAGUUGGGUAGAACAGAGCGCCUCUGUUUGUGAAACCGUGGGAUUUCAACAUUUACACUACACUAUUUUGUAUCCUCAGUCUAUCCAAUCAUUCGAUAUGGAGUACACAAUCUACGGUUACGAGGGAAACCCACGCACGCGCAUCUUGCGCAUCAUUGCCGCCCAUCAAGACAUCAAGAUUAACCUCGAGACCGUCGUCCCGCGCCAAUACACCAACGUCGACACCCUGCUCGAGCAGUUCCCCCGAAGCUACGGCAAAAUCCCAGCAUUCAAGGGCGACAAUAUCAAGCUCACAGAAGUCCCAGCCAUUGCAUUUUACCUAGCCAAACUCAAGCCUUGCACACUUCUCGGCGACGGCUCCCUCGAGCAAGAAGCAGAGGUCACGUCGUGGGUAACAUGGGCCAACAUGGAACUCCUCAUCGUCAUGGCCAAAUGGUUCCUCCCGCUCUGCCCCGGCCUUAAGCGCCCUGCUCCGUAUAACAAAGAAGCCGUAGCGGCCGGCAAGACCGCAGCCCUGGCAUUUCUCGACAAGCACGAGGCCCGCAUGCAGGGCGUUGAAUUUCUAGUCGGCAAUAGCAUCACCAUUGCCGACAUCUUUGUUGCUGUCUACAUUUCCCGUGGCAUGCAGUACAUCCUCGGCAAGGAGUGGCGCGACUCCCACCCGAAUACUAUGGCGCACUUUGAGCGUGUGGCAGCUUGGGGCCCGACGAAGCAGAUUGUGCCGGAGUUUGAGAAGAUUGAUGUCGAGCUCCCCAACGAGAACCCCUACGCUUAGUUUCAUACGUCGUCUACAAUGAAAAUUGUGCCCAAAGCUGCAUUUCCACAAGAUUCCUCAUUUUGACGGUUUUGAUUUCAUCGCAUUUAGUGUCUUGGCACCGAAGAUGGAUCGGAUGACAUGGCGUUAUUCCGCAUUUGUAUUCAGGCUAAUUGUGCUGGUCAGGAUGAAUCGCAGGAACCUUGAGGGCUGGCGCCGCGGUGAUCAUCUCAUCUCCGAUCAGAUAAGCGAGUCUCAUUCGCAGUGCUGAUCACCACGACUAGCAUACUAUGGGAGUCUGUAUAUAAUCCUCAUAAUAGUAAUUUAUUUCAUAAAAAACGUGGUUUUAUAUUUCUGG